AGUCAUACGAGAAAGGUCGAGGUCGUUUAUGAAACCCGGCACGUCCGAAUAGAGAUGGGAAAGGAAGCUUCUAAUGGUGUAAGCGCGGCGAAAGCCACGAAGUAUUACACCGUAGAAGAGGUGAAACAGCAUAAUAAACGGGAUGACAACUGGCUGAUGAUAGAUGGUAAAGUGUACGACCUCAGUCGCUGGGCAAAAAAGCAUCCUGGCGGUGCCAAAAUCUUAGGGCACUAUGCUGGCGAGGACGCAACGGAUGCGUGGACUGCCUUUCAUAAUGAUAAAGAACAUGUAACCAAGUUCAUGAAAGCUCUCUAUAUUGGAGAUUUGAAAGACUGGAACGAGAAUGAGACUGAGAUUAAGAAGGACUUUCGUAAACUGAGAAAGUAUGCAGAAGACAGUGGGUUGAUGAAAACUAACCCUGCUUUCUACAUUCUACACCUCAGCCAUAUUCUGGCUCUUGAGGCCCUCGCCUACUUCGUGGUGUGGUACUGCAAUGGAAGUUUGGCUGCCUUCUUUGUUGCUGCCAUUCUCUUGGCAACUGCACAGGCUCAGGCAGGCUGGAGUCAGCAUGAUUAUGGUCACAUGUCAGUCUUUCCCAGUCACAAGAUGAACCAUAUAUUUCAUCAUAUUGUCAUAGGGCAUAUCAAGGCUGCCUCAUCUCAUUGGUGGAACUUUCGCCAUUUUCAGCACCAUGCAAAACCAAACGUGAUUAAGAAGGAUCCAGAUGUAGAUAUAGCUUAUCUGUUCUUAAUAGGAGAUUACAUACCUAAGUCAUGGGGCAGAAGAAAAGUAGGAUUCAUGCCAUAUAAUCUCCAACAAACAUACUUCUUUUUCUUGGGACCUCCUCUGCUGUUACCGAUUUAUUUCCACGUUGAAAAUAUUAUGUUUGUUUUUAAGAGACGAGAUUAUGUGGAUUUGCUGAUGACCGUAACUUUCUUCUACAAAUUUUUCUGGUUGUAUGGUCCUUUUUAUGGAGGAUGGGGAGCAUUUGGACUCUACAUGUUCAUAAGAUUCCUGGAGAGUCAUUGGUUUACUUGGGUGACCCAGAUGAGUCAUUUGCCAAUGAGAGUGGAUAAAGACAAGGAGGAGGACUGGUUUACGCUACAGCUGGCUACCACCUGUAACGUAGACUCCACCCCAUUCAACGACUGGUUUACCGGCCAUCUCAACUUCCAGAUAGAGCACCACUUGUUUCCAACUAUGCCAAGGCACAAUCUAGGGAAGAUAGCCCCAUUGGUGAAAUCGAUGUGUAAGAAACAUAACCUGCCCUACAGAUGCUCGCCUCUCUUUACAGCUUUCGGAGACAUUGUCAGGAUGCUAAAAAAGUCCGGAGAGAUUUGGUAUGAUGCAUAUUACCAUGGAUGAUUCAUUGAAAGUGUUGGGGAGAAAGAAGAAUGUAGGCCAGUCUUUGUACUUAUCAAAGACGACAUCUUGAAAUAUAUUUCUGUAAGAAUGUUUUGAUUGACUGUGAUAAUGUGUUUUGUGCCUAAAUUCUGCUGAUCAAUUUUUUGUUGAGAUUAGUACUUUUGUUUUUCAAAGUACAUAAGAGUCAGUGGGGUUUUUAUGCCCCCAAGAUCAAAGAUCAGGGGGCCAUAUUGUUUUUGUCCUGUCUGUCAUUCUGUAAUUCUGUCUGAAACUUUAACCUUGCUAAUAACUUUUGAACAGUAAGUGAUAGAGCUAUGAUAUUUCAAAUGAGUAUUCCUUGUGACAAGGGCUUUCCGUGGGUACCAACAUUUUUUACCCUUGACCUUGGAGUUUGACCUACUUUUUUGUAAACUUUAACCUUUUUAAUAACUUUUGAACAGUAAGUGAUAGAGCUUUGAUAUUUCACAUGAGUAUUCCUUAUGACAAGACCUUUCUGUGGGUACCAACAUUUUUGACCCAGUGACCUUGACAUUGGAGUUUGACCUACUUUUUGGAAAUUUUAACCUUGCUUACAACUUUUGAACAGUAGGUGAUAGAGCUUUGAUAUUUCACAUGAGUAUUCCUUGUGACAAGACAUUUCCGUUGGUACUAAACCUUUUGACCUUGACAUUUGACUUACUUUUUAAUUUUUUUUUUACAUUGGUCAUAACUUCUAAAUGGUAAAUAUUAGAGCUUUCAUAUUGUACAUGAGCAUUUCUUGUGCCAAGAUCUUUCUACUGGUACCAAGAUAUUUGUCCUUGUGACCUUGGGCAUCUUUGGAAUUGGCCAUUAUCGAGGGGGGGGGGGGGCAUUUGCAUUUCACAAACCCAUCUUGUUUUUUUUCCAACAUACUUAAUUACUGUAUUCAUUAAAAAAAAAAGUACAAAUUGAUUAAAAUGACCAGGUGAAUUAAGAAAUCAUCAAGGAGAGCAAAAGCAUUAUAAAUGUUUAUUGCUAUAUCUUGCAUGUGAUACCAACACUGAUCUUCAUAAGAUGUUAACAAGAGUUGCAUGCCUUUUGGUUGCCAUUUCAUCAUUCUGUAAUUUGUAGACAUAUCAUUUAUUUUAGAUAUGCUUUGAAAAAUGAAAUAUAAAAUAAAGAUGAAAUGGAAAAUCUAUUUGAGGGUGAUUAGAUUUUAAACUGUUUUACUCUUUCAGUGUAUUUUUUUUUUUUUCAAUUUUCUUAAUGUGGGUGAGGGUGGGGUGUCUUUAUCUGCCCUGGUACAUUAGACCUUUUCUUAAAAUAAUGAUUGAACCAAGUAUAGACAUAAGUGAUACUGCCUGGUUCUUUUCCUGCGUUUUUUUUUUAUAAAUACAAAAUAAUAAUAAUAAUAAUAAUUAAGGUUUAUAGCAUUCAAAGCAGUGAUAUUAAAAAUAAUAAUUAUCAUUUUCUACAAAAAAAAAAACAACAACAAAAAUUGGAAUUUGGUCAUGCAGUUAAAUUACAUCAUGUAUGACUGUAUUUUAUGUUGGUUUUACAAUAUCCAAUGGUGUAACUGUACGUUGCUGUUUUUGAAUAUAUCGAGUAUUUUUUAUAUUUUUACAAUAACAAAAAAUGAAAUUUAUUAAACAUUAAAUAGUUACUAGAUACAUUGACCUUGCUCAAUAUUUAUAUCCCCCGCAACAAGUUGUGGGGGGGUAUACUGGAAUUGGGUUGUCCGUCUGUCUGUCCGUCCGUCUGUAGAUGCAAUGGUUUCCGGGCUCUAAAGCAUUAUCCUUUCCACCUACUGUCACCAUAUCAUAUAUAUGGACUACCCAUGGGAUGAAGAUGUUCCCUAUCGAUUUUGGGGUCAAAAGGUCAAAGGUCAAGCGCACUGGACAUCGAAGUAGCAAUAUGGUUUCCAGGCUCUAAAGCGUUAUCUUUUCCACCUACAGUCACCAUAUCAUACAUAUGGACUACCCAUGGGAUGAAGAUGUUCCCUAUCGAUUUUGGGGUCAAAAGGUCAAAGGUCAAGCGCACUGGACAUCGAAGUAGCAAUAUGGUUUCCGGGCUCUAAAGCGUUAUCUUUUCCACCUACAGUCACCAUAUCAUACAUAUGGACUACGCAUGGGAUGAAGAUGUUCCCUAUCGAUUUUGGGGUCAAAAGGUCAAAGGUCACGCGCACUGGACAUCGAAGUAGCAAUAUGGUUCGGUUUGUCAUGUCAUUUGUUUUUCACACUCAGAAAAAAGGUAGUUUAUACCUGUUACCAACACCCUUUGGGAGAUUGGGGUAAGCGGGGGGUAUUCUUAGUGAGCAUUGCUCACAGUACCUCUUGUUUAAUUUCAUUUUACUUAUGCAUUUUAUGUCUGAACUAAUAUGUUGUGUUUUUUAUUUUAAAAAUAUUCUGUUCUUUUGUCUAUUUAUUUAUGCAUGAAUAAAUAUUAAAAUACA